AUGCGUCUACCUGGUGGGAAUUCAAACCCUGCGCCUGGCACCCUCUUGGGUGGGGCACCCCGACCCUACGAAUGCUGCAAGUGCGGGAAAAGCUUCACUCAGAGAUCAGCCCUUAUCUCUCAUCAGACAACGCACACGGGAGAGCGACCCUACGAAUGCUGUGAGUGUGGAAAAAGCUUCUCUCGGAGCUCAAACCUUACUAUGCAUCAGAGGAUCCACACAGGAGAGAGACCCUAUGAAUGCAGUGAGUGCGAGAAAAGUUUCACUCACCUCUUCUCUCUUAUCUCUCACCAGAGAGUCCACACAGGAGAGAAACCCUAUGAAUGCAGUGAGUGCGGGAAAAGCUUCUCUCGGAGCUCAACCCUUGUCACACAUUACACAGUCCACACCGGAGAGAAACCCUAUGAAUGCAGUGAGUGCGGGAAAAGCUUCACUCAUAGCUCAGGCCUUUCUAAACAUCAGAGAAUCCACACCAAGGAGAGACGCUACAUGUGCCACGAGUGCGGGAGAAGCUUCAAUCGGCGCUCAAACCUUAUUGCACAUCAGAGAAUCCACACUGGGGAGACGUCCUACACCUGCUCUGAGUGCGGGAAAAGCUUCGGGCGGAGCUCACACCUUAUCAGACAUGAGAGAAUCCACACUGGGGAGACACCCUACACAUGCUCUGAGUGUGGGAAAAGCUUCAAUCGGCGCUCUGCCCUUAUCACACAUCAGAGAAUCCACACUGGGGAGACACCCUAUACAUGCUCUGACUGUGGGAAAAGCUUCAAUCGGCGCUCAAACCUUAUUACACAUCAGAGAAUCCACACUGGGGAGAAGCCCUACACAUGCUCUGAGUGCAGGAAAAGCUUCAGGCUGAGCUCUGACCUUAUCAGCCAUGAGAGAAUCCACACAGGGGAGAUGCCCUACACGUGCUCUGAGUGCGGGAAAAGCUUCAAGCAGAGCUCAAACCUUAUCACACAUCAGAGAAUCCACACAAGGGAGAUGCCCUACACAUGCUCGGAGUGCGGGAAAAGCUUCAAUCAGCGCUCAAACCUUAUUACACAUCAGAGAAUCCACACUGGGGAGAAGCCCUACACAUGCUCUGAGUGCAGGAAAAGCUUCAGGCUGAGUUCUCACCUUAUCAGACAUCAGAUAAUCCACACAGGGGAGACGCCCUACACGUGCUCUGAGUGCGGGAAAAGCUUCAGGCUGAGCUCUCACCUUAUCACACAUCAGAGAAUCCACACAGGGGAGACGCUCUACACGUGCUCUGAGUGCGGGAAAAGCUUCAAUCGGCGCUCAAACCUUAUUACACAUCAGAGAAUCCACACUGGGGAGAUGCCCUACACGUGCUCUGAGUGUGGGAAAAGCUUCAUUCAGAGCUCACACCUUAUUAGACAUCACAAAAUCCACAUGAGAGAGAAAUGCUACACAUGCCAUGAGUGUGGGAAAAGCUUCAAUGGGAGCUCAGACCUUGUCACUCAUCAGAGAAUGCACAGAGGAGAGAGACCCUACAUGUGCUCCGAGUGCGGGAAAAGCUUCCGUCAGAGCUCUACCCUUAUCACACACUGGAGAACCCACACUGGAGAGAAACCCUACAUGUGCUCUGAGUGCGGGAAAUGUUUCAAUCAAAGCUCUGCCCUUAUCACAUAUCGGAGAAUCCACACAGGUGAGAAACCUUAUGGAUGUUCUGAGUGUGGGAAACACUUCCUUGAUAGUUCAACCCUCAUCUCACAUCAGCGAAUUCACACAGGAGAGAGACCCUACACGUGCUCUGAGUGGGGGAAAAGCUUUAGUCGGCGCUCACACCUUAUCACACAUCUUAGAAUCCACACAGGAGAGAUGCCCUACACGUGCUCUGAGUGCGGGAAAUGCUUCACUGAUAGUUCAGCCCUCAUAUCACAUCAGAGAAUCCACACAGGGGAAAUGCCCUAUACAUGCUCCGACUUUGUGUUCAUAGACUUUGUUAGGGGAUGA